AAGGCGGAGCUUCAGAGAAGGAGAUGGUAGUGGAAACAAACAGACAUAGAGAUGCGAGUACAUGAGUUCGUCCAAAUCUUGUUCACACCAGCGAUUCGGGCAGCGGCUCUCGUCUGGUUCCAAGGCUGUGGUUCGGAGAGAAGGACGAGCAGAGAGCAGAAGAGCAGGAACAGAUCCGCUGUUCUCCGGUGACGUGUUUCCUCCAGCAGCAAAGCACAGCCGAAGAAAAACAAGCGGCUUUCCAUCCAAAGGAUUCCACAGGCCAGCAUCUGAACAGCACAUGUACAAUACUGAUACACGGAGGGAUGAGUUUUUUUUGUCUUGUUUUUGUGCUUCAUCAAUGGAUUCACCUGUUAGCACAGCCCUUCGGGGCAGCAGUGGCAGCAACUACACAGCUGACUCCCCAGGUCCAAGCUUCAUCAACCAGCUGGGAACUGUCUCACCUGUUGUGCCAAGGGUUGUUUCCAUAGUGACCAGCCUAGUGACUGCCACCAUAGAGGCUACAGUGCAAACCACUGGAAACCUAUCAGCAUUCAAAGACCAAAGAGGGAGUGAAUUCAGUCAAAUCCAUCAGGCAUCCACCCCAUCGGUGCUGAGCACCGCUGAGAGUAACUCUGUUCUACAUGGAAUCACAGUGGCAACUCAGGCCCUGGUACUCCUCUCCAUCUUCCUCCUGUCCAGUCUUGGUAACUCGGCAGUUGUCAUUGUUAUCAUCAAACACAGACAGCUCAGAACGGUGACCAAUGCCUUCAUCAUGUCGCUGUCGCUAUCAGACUUCCUCACUGCUGUUUUAUGUCUGCCAUUCUCCUUUGCCAUGCUCUUCAGUAAGGAUGGUAUCUGGAUAUUCGGGGAUCGUUUCUGUGUUGCCAAUGGUUUUUUCAACACAUGCUUUGGUAUUAUUUCCAUCCUGACUAUGACUUUGAUCUCCUUUGACAGGUACUAUGCCAUUGUCAAACAGCCACAGGCUAAAAUAGGGCGCCAGAAAGCAACUCAGUUGUUGAUAGCUGUGUGGUUAAUUGCAGUCAUUUUCUCACUUCCUUGGUAUCUGUUAGUCCGAACACCUACGGAAUUCCACAAGCGAGGUUUCUACCACUGCAUGUAUGUGUUCCACUCUGGUACCUCGCGCAUGGGAACACCUUAUAGCAUCUGCCUUAUUGUUAUAUGUUAUUUACUGCCCUUUUCCCUGAUGUGUUUUUGUCAUUAUAACAUCUGUAAGACUGUUCGGCUCUCUGAAAUACGAGUCAGGCCAGUGACCACAUAUGCUUACUUAUUGCGAUUUUACAGUGAAAUGCGAACAGCCACCACAGUUCUGAUAAUGAUUGUUUUCAUUAUUUUUUGCUGGGGGCCAUAUUGUUUAAUGGGAUUGGUUACAGCAAUAGGGGACUACACAUUCAACCCUGCAAUGGACACUGUGGCUAUCUGGUUAGCCUGGGCAAACGGAGCUAUCAACCCUCUGAUCUAUGCUCUGAGGAACCCCAAUAUAGCCAUGUUACUGGGGCGCAGCAGGGAAGAAGGCUAUCGGACCAGAAAUAUUGCUGCGUACCUCUCCAGUCAAACCCAGAACCAUGAGAUCCGCCUUAACCAAGCAGAGAGGAUAAGGGACCGCUAUGUGAGUCGAGUUGGGGGGAAUAAUAGCAGCCGGCUGUCAAGUUCAAGCCCUGGAAAAGCAGGAGGGGGAGGAGAGGUGGCAAUGUGGGCUUGUAAAAAUCCUGCUGUGUUCUUCUGCAGGGACGCCCAGCAUGACAAUGUAACACUACCCAACUCUGUCAGUGCUGCAAAGAUGAGGACGGCUGACACCAGCCUGUGAGAUUCUAUAUUCUUGACCACCUAAUGAUUGUUUUUGUCUCAUCUGUGUUAGUGGUGUGAAUCUAGAUUGUGAGAAUACCUAAUUGUGCUUACUACUCCUUAGUUCAUAGACUCUCAGAAUGUUUAAGAUGGCAGAUUUUACUUAAAGAAUUAGGCAGAUCCAUUGAGUUGUUGAUAAUUCAUAUUAAAUUGCAGAACUAUUUGGAUAUAUGGGAAUUCAAAAGUUAUCACAAUAAACAUUUUAUUUAAGCACCUUUGUACAACAGUUACAGAUAAAUUACAUUUCUCACUUAUUUUGGAGGACACUUAACCCUUUGAUGCACAACAUGGGUCAAAAGUGACCCAUAUUCAAUGGAAAAUGGAUAUCUCUUGACCCAUGUUAUUGUUACACACAUGAAGACAGAGACAUGGACACUUGUGUAACAGGAUGACUUUAUUCUGUAAACACAGAAAGGACAGCUUUUCAAGCAAUGGCUUCUCUGUAAUGACUCCGUCUACACAGCUUCCGCUUGAACUGAGCUGUCUGGGAAGUCAGUCUUUCUCAUGCGCCACUACUGCCAUAUUCUGGUGUAAAUUGGUAUAGCACCAGAAACAACUGUUAACUAAUGCAGGUGAGUACAUGCCACAGAGUACAAACAAUUAAAACACAAAAAGUUAAAACAUUCAUAAAAUGAAAAGUUGUUGAGGGGUGUUUUUUUUACAGUCAAAUAGUCCUUGGUACCCCACCAUGCAUCAAAGGGUUAAUUCAUUUCAAUCCAUGGGACAGCUUGAAGGAUCCCUGGAACACCAUCAGUAAUAUAGAAGCAGUGGACAGAACAUUUAUGUAGGAAAUGGAGCUUUUGCUUGUGCUAGAAGGUCUUUUAUCAGAUAUUAUUUCACAAAAAUGCAGCAUAUGUGGAGAACUAAUGAAAAGAUGUUUCUUUAAUCCUACAUGUGCCGUUCUUAAAGCAGAUAAGUCCAUGUCAUUUUCAGAGUCCUCACUAAAAAAGCGCAUCUACUGGUAAAAUGCUUCACACUAUCUAAUGUUACAUUUUCCUAUCCCAAUAUCAGUCUAGUCAUUAUUCUCAUGUGAUCAUGAGAAUAAUGACUAUCUAUACUAAUGACUUCUCAAGACUAAUGAUGUCAGAAAACAAAGGCAAACUAUAGGAUGUAACAUCUGAUGAUGUAGUUCAGACCAGGAAGUGGCACAGAGAAUUCAUGUUGCAAAAAAGGUGAUACUAUAGGAUUAGUGAGCAUUUGCGGGGAUGACUGUCAAACUACUGCACCAGGGAAGCUAACCACUAGCCAGCAGGGAACAUGCUACCAACACCGAGUUACAAUAACUCUUCAGACAACCAUUAGCUGUAAAGCGUGUGGAAUGAACGCAGUUUGUUCAAAACAAAGAACUGUACUGUUGAUUAUUGUCAAAUAAUUUUCUCCAAACUGUACCUCUUUUGUGAAGCAGUUUAUACUCUGAUAGAACAGUGUUAUAAUAAAGUGAAUAGGGCAACAUA